GCGCGGCGUCAAGGCGGCUGCGCGCCUGCGCGAGGGCGGGCGGCGGGCGCGCGCGCAGCGGGGGCGGGCUCUGCCGAGCGCCAGGCUGCAGCGGCUGAGCUGGACGUGUCCGCGAAGAUGGCGGGCCGGAGUAUGCAAGCUGCAAGAUGUCCUACAGAUGAAUUAUCUUUAACUAACUGUGCAGUUGUGAAUGAAAAGGAUUUCCAGUCUGGCCAGCAUGUGGUUGUGAGGACCUCCCCCAACCACAGGUACACAUUUACACUGAGGACCCACCCAUCUGUGGUUCCAGGGAGCAUCGCAUUCAGCUUACCUCAGCGAAAAUGGGCUGGACUUUCUAUUGGGCAAGAAAUAGAAGUGUCUUUAUAUACAUUUGACAAAGCCAAACAGUGUAUCGGCACGAUGACCAUCGAGAUUGACUUCCUGCAGAAAAAAAGCAUCGACUCCAACCCUUAUGACACCGAUAAGAUGGCGGCAGAGUUCAUUCAGCAGUUCAACAACCAGGCCUUCUCAGUGGGGCAGCAGCUUGUGUUUAGCUUCAAUGAAAAACUUUUUGGCUUACUGGUAAAGGACAUUGAAGCCAUGGAUCCUAGCAUCCUGAAGGGAGAGCCUGCGACAGGUAAAAGACAGAAGAUUGAAGUAGGACUGGUUGUUGGAAACAGUCAAGUUGCAUUUGAAAAAGCAGAAAAUUCAUCACUCAAUCUUAUUGGCAAAGCCAAAACCAAGGAAAAUCGCCAGUCUAUCAUCAAUCCUGACUGGAACUUUGAAAAAAUGGGAAUAGGAGGUCUGGACAAGGAAUUUUCAGAUAUUUUUCGACGAGCAUUUGCUUCCCGAGUAUUUCCUCCAGAGAUUGUGGAACAGAUGGGUUGCAAACAUGUUAAAGGCAUCCUGUUAUAUGGGCCUCCAGGUUGUGGUAAGACUCUCUUGGCUCGACAGAUUGGCAAGAUGUUGAAUGCAAGAGAGCCCAAAGUGGUCAAUGGGCCGGAAAUCCUUAACAAAUACGUGGGAGAAUCAGAGGCUAACAUUCGUAAACUCUUUGCUGACGCUGAAGAGGAGCAAAGGAGGCUUGGUGCCAACAGUGGUUUGCACAUCAUCAUCUUUGAUGAAAUCGAUGCCAUCUGCAAGCAGAGAGGGAGCAUGGCUGGUAGCACAGGAGUUCACGACACCGUCGUCAACCAGUUGCUGUCCAAAAUUGAUGGGGUGGAGCAACUGAACAACAUCUUAGUCAUUGGAAUGACCAACAGACCAGAUCUGAUAGAUGAGGCUCUCCUUCGACCUGGAAGACUGGAAGUUAAAAUGGAGAUAGGCUUACCAGAUGAGAAGGGUCGGCUACAGAUCCUUCACAUCCACACAGCAAGGAUGAGAGGGCAUCAGCUACUCUCUGCUGACGUAGACAUUAAAGAACUGGCUGUAGAGACCAAGAACUUCAGCGGUGCUGAACUGGAGGGUCUGGUGCGAGCAGCACAGUCCACUGCUAUGAACAGACACAUAAAGGCCAGUACUAAAGUAGAAGUGGACAUGGAGAAAGCAGAGAGCCUGCAGGUGACGAGAGGGGACUUCCUUGCUUCUUUGGAGAAUGAUAUCAAACCAGCAUUUGGCACAAACCAAGAGGACUAUGCAAGUUACAUUAUGAAUGGUAUCAUCAAAUGGGGUGAUCCAGUUACUCGAGUUCUAGAAGAUGGGGAGCUGCUGGUUCAACAGACUAAAAACAGUGACCGCACACCAUUGGUUAGCGUCCUUUUGGAAGGCCCUCCUCACAGUGGGAAGACAGCUUUAGCUGCAAAGAUUGCUGAGGAAUCCAACUUCCCCUUCAUCAAGAUCUGUUCUCCUGAUAAGAUGAUUGGCUUUUCUGAGACAGCCAAGUGUCAGGCCAUGAAGAAGAUCUUUGAUGAUGCAUACAAAUCGCAGCUCAGCUGUGUAGUUGUGGAUGACAUUGAAAGACUACUCGAUUAUGUCCCUAUUGGCCCUCGCUUUUCUAACCUGGUAUUACAGGCUCUUCUUGUGUUACUGAAAAAGGCGCCUCCUCAGGGUCGCAAGCUUCUCAUCAUUGGGACCACUAGCCGCAAAGAUGUCCUCCAGGAGAUGGAAAUGCUUAACGCUUUCAGCACCACCAUCCAUGUGCCCAACAUUGCCACAGGAGAGCAGCUGCUGGAGGCUUUGGAGCUAUUGGGCAACUUUAAGGACAAGGAACGCACCACAAUUGCACAGCAAGUCAAAGGGAGGAAGGUCUGGAUAGGAAUCAAGAAGUUACUAAUGUUGAUCGAGAUGUCCCUACAGAUGGAUCCUGAAUACCGUGUGAGAAAAUUCUUGGCCCUUUUAAGAGAAGAAGGAGCUAGCCCCCUCGACUUUGAAAAUGAAAUAUUUUCAAACACAAAGUGACCAAGGUGAAGAUGGCCUGGGAUCUUCACUCAACUUACUCAAGAUACUGGACAAAGUGAAAUGUUCCCUACCUUCAACACAUGCUCACUCUGCAUGAUUAGUGCAAUAAAACUCCCUUCCUUGUGCUUAUUGA